CGUUCUUAAAUACCCUUCCGUGUGGGAAUUAAGCUUUGUUCUCAACGUUGCAUUACAAGGAGGUUUAGUGUCGCGUGGUUUUACAACGGGUGCUGUUGCCACCGCAGUAGACGUGCAAUGGCAAAGUUUCCCGUGGUCUACAUUUGCGUUGUCGUCGGCGCGGUGUUAUCGUUUGCAUACGUCAAUCUGAUGUCCAAUAUGAACAACGCCAGUAAAUGGCAUUCAUUCUUCGAGAAGAAACCUGCUAUACGACAAUUCAAUAGUUCAAGCUUGGGAUCUGCGUUUGACAAGUGGAUCGUGGUAACGACCAUCUUCUCUCCCACUGAUGACGUCAAGUUUCUAGCUAAAAUACCCGGAUGGAAAGUCGUCGUCGUCGCAGACAGAAAAACACCCCGACACUGGAGCAGUCCUAACUGUAUUUUCCUAGACCUUGAAACACAACAGCAGCUUGGCUUUGAGAGUGUCGCACUUCUUCCUACCGGAAGCUACGCCCGGAAGACAAUUGGAUACCUGUACGCCAUUGCUAGAGGUGCCAAGGUCAUUUACGAAACCGAUGACGACAAUCGACCUCUUGACCUUCUAAGAAACUUUAUUCUACAGCCGCAGACAUCGGGUAUUAUGUUUGAUGGGGAGCAUCUGUUCAAUCCGUACCGCCAUUUCGGCCAGCCAACGUUGUGGCCGAGAGGUUAUCCUUUGAACGCCAUCGGAGACAACGUCUCUUACAACUACAUCCUGCAGACAUGGAAAUCUCCUUCCAUCCAACAGGGACUAGUGAACGGCGACCCGGAUAUGGAUGCUAUUUUCAGACUGACUCGGAAGAAGACGCUGACGAUGUUGAAUGUAACCUUUGACAUGCGGGCUCCCCCUGGUGUUGUACCAGCAGGCGUCUUUUCGCCUUUCAACUCCCAGAACACGCUGUUUCUCUACGACGCACUGUGGGCCUUGCUUAUUCCCACAACUACAACGUUCAGAGUGUGUGAUAUCUGGAGGGGCUACUGGGCGCAGCGUCUUCUCUGGGAAAUGGGAGGAACUCUGGGAUUCCUUCCACCAAAUGCUUUCCAGAAACGAAAUUCGCAUUCAUACCUUGACGAUGCUGUUCAGGAAAAAGAUCUGUACUUUGAAACAACGAGACUUUUGUUGUUCUUGAAACAAUGGAACUGCCAUCCAAAAGCAACCUUCUUUACCUGCGUGCUAACCCUCAGUCAAGAUAUGGCUAAUAAUAAUUUUUGGAAGCAAGCUGAUGUCCUGUUAACUGAAACCUGGCUCAGAGAUCUGAAAAUGGUUGGGUAUCGCGAACCGGAGCGAGUCCAGGCAAAGUAUCAAAAUGGCAGCUUCUGUCCUCCAAAGGGAUAUAGCGAUAGACAAACUGUUGUAGAGUUCUGGCCCGUUGAGCAGAAGCUGCCUAUAGCGCACACGACGAAGGACACAUAUGACUCCAAAUGGAACCAUGUUCGGUCCAUUUCCAGUUUUUGUUCAGAAACAUCUCUAAAGCUACCCAAAUACGCAUUACAUCAAACUUCGUCUACUUAUUCCAACAUUCUUCUCAUAAUAGUGUUUAACUUUGCACAUUACGAAAAUGUUAAGUUGUUGGAAAUUAUUUACAGCAUGCAUUUCCCACAAAGACUGUAUUGCGGUCCUGGGUUAAGUAACUUCAGAGACGUCACACGACCUCUUAAAACACAUGUCACCUUUAUAGAAGUGGAUAUUGGAAAAGGGUACUUUGGAUACGCGUGUAUGAUGAAGGCCAUGAGCAUGAACUACCAUGUGGAUGGAUACCUGCAUGUCGCAGACGACACAUUAAUGAAUGUCUGGAAUCUAAACUCACUUCCGGUUGAUCGAAUAUGGGUCUCGUCUUUACUUGAGUUGCUGAGGACAUCCGGGAAGUCAACUAAUUGGGUCUGGAGGAAUUCAGAGUUUGGCAAGAAAGCUUAUUUGUCGUCAAUGAGCGAGUUUAAGCAGGUAGACAAAUCUCGGUACAACGCCUUCAAACAGACGUUAAAUGCCAACACAAAAUUGUCGGACGGGUUUUAUCACCAACCAUCUGACAUUGUUUACAUCCCAACCCGUUUGAAAGAGCACUUCAUUUUCAUCAAUCGGAUAUUUGUAAGACACAGACUUUUUUUGGAGAUGGCUUUUCCAACUUUCAUCGCUGGUGUUGAAUACAUUAAUAAACUUGUAUUCUUGAAGGGAAAAUAUCUUUGGUACGAUGGUUCCAGAAAGUAUGCAGAGAAACGUUUUAACAAGGAUGUGCAUUUCUUGCAUCCCGUGAAAAUAAAACAGGUGUUAAAUGCGACUAAUGGUGUUAAAUUCUUCUGUGAAAUAUAUCUGCCUCUAACAUUACCUGGAGUGAAAAUAUAAACAUGUUUAUUACCCCAGUGGUCACUCAAAAUUGGGAAAGUAUUUUAUAUAUUUUCUGCGUGAGAAAUAUUCUGCAUUGGUGUAACGUACACUACCACUGGACGAUUUGACGCCUACAAAUCAAUGACGUAGCCAGUACUAAAUAUGACGUCAUCAAGAUUUGGCAAACUCAUACAAUGGUGUCACUUAUUUUAAAGAGUUUGCGUUUACGGAUGUCUGUUUUCAGUGUUAACUGGUAAUACAUUGUUAAAUGAAUGCAAUUCAUUACAGAUAUUGUUGACAGAAUAUAUAGAACUUUGCUUUUUGAAAAUUA